AUGUCUGCUGUGUUAGAAUUGCAGAAAGGGAGCGUAAACUUUGAUCCGACACAUCAUUCGUUCACUCUCGUAUGUCCUACUUCUUCACUCCCUGAAAACACUACUAAUGUGCAUCAACAUUUCUAUUUGAAAAGGAAAGAAAGAGAUGCCUUAAAGGAGUAUUAUCCUACCAACACCCAAGAAACAUUUUAUGAAACCUACUACGAUAAUAAGGACUUUACCAACAUUAAUAAUAAUACUUGGAUAAAAAGUGUUUUUCACAAUGAUGGUGGUAAAUCUGCCACCUUUUACUCCAAGCAAAUGGAAUUAAUGAAUAGUGACUAUGUUCAAUAUAUUGAAAAAAUCAUCAAAGAAGAAGAUUUGGGAGAAGGUGUGGAACCGUUUGUAACUUUCAAGGUUGUUAGAGAGGUUAAAGAUUUUGAUUGUUACUCUGUUCAUAGUGAUACGAUUACAAUUUAUGGAAAUCCAAGGUUUACAGAACCAGAAUUGUAUGAUGAGAAUGUCACAGAGUUAUGGGAAUAUACUGUUUUCACAAUUUGUGCCCAAACUUCAAUAAUUAAUAAGGAUUCACAAACGUUUAAACCAUUGGCUAGAAGUAAGAUAGUGAAAUAUUUAGAUCAGUUCGAAAUUGAUUUGUAUUGUGAUUUACAAAACAGAAAUAUUAUUAAAAAUGAUGAAGAAUAUGCAGAUUAUGAGGGAACAUUGGCAGAUUAUUGUAAUGUCGAUGAAAUAAUUGAUUAUUACAAAGAAAAAUCAAAGAGGAAAGAUUAUAAAGACAACAAGAAGUAA